UGCUAAGAGGAUACUUUCUUUGCUCAGAAUGGCAGCGAUUCCCCCUGACACCUGGCAGCCGCCCAACGUCUACCUGGAGACUAGCAUGGGGAUCAUUGUGUUGGAGCUGUACUGCAAGCAUGCUCCAAAGACCUGCAAGAACUUUGCAGAGCUGGCUUGGUGGGGCUACUACAAUGGCACCAAAUUCCACAGGAUCAUCAAGGACUUCAUGAUCCAAGGCGGUGACCCAACAGGGGCAGGUCACGGUGGCGCAUCCAUCUAUGGGAAACAGUUUGAAGACGAACUUCAUCCAGACCUGAAGUUCACUGGGGCUGGGAUUCUUGCAAUGGCCAAUGCAGGGCCAGACACCAAUGGCAGCCAGUUCUUCGCGACCCUCGCCCCCACUCAGUGGCUGAAUGGCAAACAUACCAUUUUUGGCCGAGUGUGCCAGGGUAUAGGAAUGGUGAAUCAAGUGGGCAUGGUGGAAACAAACUCCCAGGACCGUCCUGUGGAUGACGUGAAGAUCCUUAAGGCUUACCCUUCUGGGUAG